GAAUAAAAGUCGCCUCCUUCCAGCACUGACCGACGGCUUUUCUCAAAUUUCCUCAGUCCACCUUCCUUCUCUCUCUUUCUCUUUCUCUCUCUAAGAAGGAGGCAUUAGAAUUAGAUCAAACCCAUUUUUUCCAUUUUGUAAUUGGAGGAGCUGCUGAUCUUCACCAACAGUAUUCAAUUUCUGCUAGUCUCUAGAUCCAAUACAAGCCCACAAGGAUCUUCGACGAUUUGGGGGAGCUGAGCAGUGGUGGCUCUCUCUCUCUCUCUCUCUCUCUCUCUCUCUCUCUCUCUGUGAGUGUGUGUCUCGCUAGGGUUGGAUCUGAGUAGUCAUGGCUUUGUCAGGCAUGCGAGGCCUCUCUGUUUUCAUCAGCGACAUUCGGAAUUGCCAGAACAAAGAGCAGGAGAGGCUCCGGGUCGAUAAGGAGCUUGGGAAUGUCCGUACACGCUUCAAAAACGAAAAGGGUUUGUCACCUUAUGAAAAGAAGAAGUAUGUUUGGAAAAUGCUUUACAUUUAUAUGCUGGGCUAUGAUGUGGAUUUUGGUCACAUGGAAGCAGUUUCUUUAAUAUCUGCGCCUAAGUAUCCAGAAAAGCAGGUUGGGUACAUUGUGACGUCAUGUCUGCUCAAUGAGAACCAUGAUUUUCUGAGAUUAGCAAUAAAUACCGUGCGCAAUGAUAUUAUCGGUCGUAACGAGACUUUCCAGUGUUUGGCAUUGACUAUGGUUGGGAAUAUCGGCGGAAGGGAAUUUGCGGAGUCAUUAGCACCUGAUGUUCAAAAGUUACUUAUUUCUAGCAGCUACAGGCCACUUGUGAGAAAAAAGGCUGCACUAUGUCUAUUGCGCUUGUAUAGGAAAAAUCCUGAUGUUGUCAAUGUAGAUGGCUGGGCUGACCGGAUGGCACAACUUUUAGAUGAACGCGAUCUUGGUGUUUUGACAUCAUCUAUGAGCCUUCUAGUAGCCCUCGUAUCAAACCACCAUGAUUCUUACUGGAGUUGUCUUCCAAAAUGUGUUAAAAUAUUAGAACGGCUUGCUAGGAACCAGGAUAUUCCACAAGAGUACACCUACUAUGGUAUCCCAUCUCCCUGGCUUCAGGUUAAGACAAUGAGGGCUCUUCAGUAUUUUCCUACUGUUGAAGAUCCAAAUACCAGACGGUCAUUGUUUGAGGUCUUACAACGGAUAUUGAUGGGUACCGAUGUUGUUAAAAAUGUUAAUAAGAACAAUGCAUCGCAUGCUGUUCUCUUUGAAGCCCUUGCUCUUGUCAUGCAUCUGGAUGCUGAGAAGGAAAUGAUGUCUCAGUGUGUUGCACUGCUUGGAAAAUUUAUUGCUGUGCGAGAACCAAAUAUCCGAUAUCUUGGUUUGGAAAAUAUGACACGCAUGCUAAUGGUGACGGAUGUGCAAGAUAUCAUCAAGAGACAUCAGGCUCAGAUCAUCACCUCAUUGAAGGAUCCAGAUAUCAGUAUUCGUAGGCGUGCUCUUGACUUGCUUUAUGGUAUGUGCGAUGUUUCAAAUGCAAAAGAUAUAGUUGAAGAACUAUUGCAGUAUCUUAGCACAGCGGACUUUGCAAUGCGUGAGGAAUUGUCACUUAAAGCUGCCAUUCUUGCCGAAAAAUUUGCCCCUGAUCUGUCAUGGUAUGUAGAUGUGAUUCUUCAACUAAUUGACAAAGCUGGAGAUUUUGUCAGUGAUGAUAUAUGGUUUCGUGUUGUGCAAUUUGUUACAAAUAAUGAAGACUUACAGCCAUAUGCAGCAGCAAAAGCCAGAGAGUAUCUUGACAAACCUGCUAUACAUGAGACAAUGGUUAAGGUCAGUGCAUAUAUCAUUGGAGAAUUUGGCCACCUUUUGGCCAGACGGCCUGGGUGUAGUCCAAAGGAAUUAUUUAGCGUCAUACAUGAGAAGCUUCCUGCUGUAUCGACUUAUACGGUUCCUAUUCUUCUUUCAACAUAUGCUAAGAUCUUUAUGCACACUCAACCUCCAGAUGCAGAACUACAAAAUCAGAUUUGGGCGAUAUUCAACAAGUAUGAGAGUUGCAUUGAUGUAGAGAUACAACAACGAGCUGCUGAAUACCUUGCCUUGAGUAGGAGAGGUGCAGCCCUUGUGGAUAUAUUGGCCGAAAUGCCUAAAUUUCCUGAGCGGCAGUCUGCAUUGAUAAAAAAGGCUGAAGAUACUGAGGUUGAUACAGCAGAACAAAGUGCUAUCAAGUUGCGGGCCCAGCAGCAAACAUCAAAUGCCUUGGUUGUUACUGACCAACGUCCUGCUAAUGGGACCCCACCUGUCAACCAGCUCGGUCUUGUGAAGAUUCCCAGCAUGAGCAGUAAUGCGGAUCACAAUUCAACCGACCAAGUGUUGUCUCAGGAAAAUGGUACUUUGAGUACAGUUGAUCCUCAACCUGCUUCAGCAGAUCUCCUUGGUGAUCUCUUGGGUCCACUGGCUAUCGAAGGCCCUCCCGGUACUGCUGUUCAAUCACAGCAGAGUGUAAUCCCUGGAGUAGGAGGUGAUUCAAAUGCAGUAGAUGCUGCAGCCAUAGUGCCUGUUGGCGAGGAGCAAAAUUCUGUUCAGCCAAUAGGAAAUAUUGCUGAAAGAUUUCUUGCUUUGUGCUUGAAAGAUAGUGGUGUUCUAUACGAAGAUCCUAAUAUUCAGAUUGGAAUUAAAGCAGAGUGGCGGGUUCAUCAAGGAUGUCUUGUUCUUUUCUUGGGAAACAAAAAUACUUCACCGCUUGUGUCAGUUCAGGCUAUAAUUUUGCCUCCCUCCCAUUUCAAAAUGGAGCUCUCACUAGUACCAGACACUAUACCUCCCAGGGCACAGGUACAAUGCCCACUUGAAGUUGUGAAUCUCCGUCCAAGCAGGGAUGUAGCGGUUCUUGACUUCUCCUACAAGUUUGGUAACAAUAUGGUCAAUGUCAAGCUUCGCCUCCCAGCUGUCUUGAAUAAAUUUCUUCAGCCUAUACCAGUGUCUGCUGAAGAGUUCUUUCCUCAGUGGAGAUCACUAUCAGGACCACCUCUGAAGCUUCAAGAAGUGGUUAGAGGUGUCAAACCAAUGCCCCUUGCCGAGAUGGCAAAUCUACUAAACAGUUUGCGAUUGAUGGUUUGUCCAGCACUUGACCCAAAUCCAAAUAACCUCGUUGCAAGCACAAUGUUUUACUCAGAAAGUACACGGGCCAUGCUUUGCUUGGUUAGAAUAGAAACAGAUCCAGCAGACAGAACCCAGUUGCGUAUGACAGUUUCUUCAGGGGACCCUACAUUAACACUCGAGUUGAAGGAGUUCAUCAAGGAACAACUAUGUAGCAUCCCUACAGCCCCUCGUGCACCUGGACCAGUGCCACCAGCACCUCCAGUAGCUCAGCCAACCAGUCCGGCUGCAGCAUUAACGGAUCCUGGGGCUAUGCUAGCCGGUCUGCUGUGACAAAGUGAAGAUGAUAUGUGAGGAUUUGUUCAUUAUACACUCAUAAAUCUGAUUUAUACAACCUACCCAAUGGUAUCUCUCACCCAAAGUUCAAGAGGUGGAUAGAGAAAAUCCUGAUGCAAGGGCUGGCGGAAUCAAGUGUGAGCUAAUUUGUGCGGACGGCUUAGUGUUUGAGUGGAUCUCUCCAUGGGUUGGUCGGGGUUUUCAAAUUCUUUCUGUACAAUGCAAUUGUGCCUAAGUGAGAAGUUUUCUCGGUUUUGGGGUGAGGGUAUUUUUAUUUCUUUUUCUUUUUCUUCUUCUUUCACAUUUUUUCCCCUCCCAAUUUCAGUGGAUUGGUUUCUGUAGUUACACAGUACUUGACAGAACAGAAUGUAAGAUAUUGGCAGCAUGAAGUAGAUUAGUUGUAAUAUUUUGUA